CUUGAGACGGAUCUCGACCGCAACAUCGUUGUCGCAAACAUUCGCUGCACACACCACCAUUAUCGGCAUCACGGCUGAUGUCGGAAAGCCAUCUGUUAUCGCCUACUGCAGUGGCGUCAGCUUCCGGUGACCAUUAGCCUCUCGGACUCCCAGCUCUACAGACCUCAACAACAUGGCCAACUACGCUUCAGACAUCGCCAACUGGUAUGGGUGGAUUACCGAGCUGAGCGUCAUCCCUAGCGAAUACCGAUAUGUUAUUCGCAUGAUAUCCAGCUUCUUUAUUACUCUUGGCCUGCUGCCCAUCGUGCCAAUCGCCUUGCUGGUCAUCUACGACGUGGUUUUGUGGCUAUGGAGACAUGCUGCUGCAAGCCGGCGUGCACAGUCCAUAAUGCAGACGGACGGGAUCCACGCAAAACCGCGACCACCGUCAACUGACAUCAUUGCUUCGACUAGCGUGCCCGGGGUUAAGAAGACGAACCAGCAUUGACGCUCAACGACACGGGCGUGGUCAGACACACAC